AGCGCUGUCUGCUGAAGAACCGGGCGGGAUUUCCGCAAUACAUUCAGUAUGGCGAAGACCUACGAUUACUUGUUUAAACUGCUGUUAAUCGGGGAUUCUGGCGUCGGGAAGACCUGUGUGCUGUUCAGAUUCUCGGAGGAUGCCUUUAACUCGACGUUUAUCUCUACGAUAGGUAUCGAUUUCAAAAUCAGGACAAUAGAACUAGAUGGCAAGAAGAUAAAGUUACAGAUUUGGGACACGGCAGGACAGGAGCGAUUCCGAACGAUCACAACGGCGUAUUACAGAGGUGCAAUGGGUAUCAUGCUGGUUUAUGAUAUUACCAAUGAGAAAUCAUUUGACAACAUCAAAAACUGGAUUCGAAACAUAGAGGAGCAUGCAUCAGCGGAUGUAGAAAAAAUGAUUUUGGGCAACAAAUGUGACAUUAAUGAGAAGAGGCAGGUGUCAAAAGACAGAGGCGAGAAUCUGGCAUCAGAGUACAGCAUCAAGUUCAUGGAGACGAGUGCGAAGGCAAAUAUCAAUGUUGAGAACGCAUUCUUAACACUCGCCAGAGACAUAAAAGCAAAGAUGGACACGAAAUUGGAGGGGAACAAUCCUCAGAGCAGCAACCAUGGAGUGAAAAUAACCACUGAACAGCAGAAAAAGAGCAGCUUCUUUCGCUGUGUGCUACUGUGAAGACCAAGGCCUUACUGUCCGCCACGACUGGACUAUGUUCUCCUUCUUAGCACUCCUCCUCCUUCCUCUUUAUCCCAUCUCUUCUCUUCUUCCAGCCCAAGGGCAGUCGGAGUUCCAUGCUCCUCUUAUCUUCUUCCAUUGAGAAAUUAGCGAUGCCGCUUCCUCUCGCUACGACCCUUCCCUGAUGAAACUGUGUUGGGAAUGCAUUGGUUCUGCAAGUCAAGGUGAAGAGCUGGGUGCUGCAGCAUCAUCACAGUAGCUCCAGCAGUAAACGUGCACCUAAAGGAGAUCCCGUAUCUUUGUUUCAGUCGCUCGUUUUGAGCACACAACUGCCAAAAUCGAUCCAUUCCUUCAUGGCGACCUGGAUUCUGGGUCGGGCCACAGAGCGUGGUCUGAUAUUGAGCCAGUUUGAGAGAUACAUGGGACUUUCUUUAUCAUUCCAUUUCAUGCAUUCUUCGACAAUCACAUGACCUUAUUGUUAGUAGAGGAAUAUUAUAACUCGUCUCUUAGAUGCUUUCUUUCAUUUUUUUAAAAAGUAAACAUUUCGCUUUUUUGCCCCCAGUUUUAUUUUUCAGACAUGUUACACAAAAGUGUUGCAUUCACAAACUUAGUGCAGUCAAGGUUUCAUAUUAAACGAAUCAAGAUCCUAGUUUUUAUACAUUGAGACAUGUUUACUACUGCCUUGUUAAAACUAACCUCCCUUUUUUUUUUUUACAUGCACAUGAAGCUAUUUCCAAAUGCAGUGACGCGAGCUUUCCAUUUUACAUUCCUUCGAAUAAAUGCAAACCUCCGGUCUUGCUUUAUUACGACCUGAAAAUGCCACAACAUGAAAGCGUUCUUUGAUUAAAAUGAAAUGUAGUCCUAGAUAGGAUGUGUAAAUGCUGAGUUUGUAGUGUUUUGACAAGUGUGCGUAACCAAAAGCAAUGAGAAAGAGUGACUAUGUAACCAGAAAAGCAGAGCUAUACUUAAGAAAGCACCUCGCGUAUACAGAAGCCCAUGCACUUUAUCAGUAUCUUUUGUGUUGUGUGUAGUUUGUGCCAAGUGAUAGUUUUGCAUCAUAAAGACAGGCGUUUUUACAUG